CAAUGCACAGUGCAACUCUCACAAAGUCAUAAUCUUAAUUAGUCAGAAAUCCCCAAUAGGCCCAAAUCUCGCCGCUGCGAUCUUGCAAAACCAGCACAAAAAUCCCAACUCGGUGGCAAUUUUCCUCCACUUUCAAUGGACUCCCAAUGGCUAUUUCCAUGAGGAAUCUUGAAAAAGUUGCAAUCUUUAAGCCUUCUGCGCACACAAUUCCACUGCUCAACUUCAAUGGCCAUCAACUCCUCAACAGCGCCGCCACCCAGUUAUCCUCUCUCGAUGAUGACCAACAAGCUGCAAGCCUACGAGGAAGAUUUAGAAGAAGAGAGCAAGCCUUCCGUCUUCUUGGUAGCUCUCUGCCCUUGUCUCGUUUGUAUCAUUCUCUUGCUCAUUGUAGUAUCCAUUUUUCUCAUUGUCAAGUUUCAUCUCUUUUGCCACACCCCACUUCACUCUGUUUUUUUCAAGAAAAGUUGCCAUUGAGUAAUCCCAGAAGGAUUUGGCCUCUUUUGCCAAAAGGGUGUUUUAAUUUUACUAAUACUCAUCCAGAUGUGAAGUUUUUGGAGUUGAAUACUAAGCAAUUUAGCACUGUACAAACUUCACUCUGUACAUCGUUAUUUAGUAAUUCCAGAAAGAUAUGGCCUUUUUCAUCAAAAGGGUAUUUUUAUUGUACUGGUAUUAAUUCGAAUUUGAAGUUGAGUUUUAGGGGAAUUUGUAGUUGUGUUGAUAAUGAUGGUGAAUUAGAAAGUGAUAAUGAUGUUGAGAAUGAGAGUGAUGAGAGGGUGGCGGUGUCGAAGGCGGAUCCUAAAGAGGUGGAUAGGGUGUGUAAGGUUAUUGAUGAGUUGUUUUCGUUAGAUCGGAAUAUGGAGGCUGUUUUGGAUGAAUGUGGGAUCAAUUUAAGCCAUGAUUUGGUAGUAGAUGUGUUGGAGAGGUUCAAGCAUGCUAGAAAACCAGCAUUCAGAUUCUUUUGUUGGGCGGCUCAGAGGCCAGGGUAUGCUCAUGAUUCAAGAACGUAUAAUGCAAUGAUGGCAAUACUUGGAAAGACGAGGCAGUUUGAGACUAUGGUUUCGGUUCUUGAAGAAAUGGGGGAGAAAGGUUUGCUUACAAUGGAGGCAUUUUUGAUCUCCAUGAAAGCAUUUGCUGCAGCAAAAGAGCGGAAGAAAGCUAUUGGGAUGUUUGAGUUGAUGAAGAAGUACAAGUUUAAAGUUGGGGUGGAGACAAUUAAUUGUUUACUUGAUGCCCUGGGAAGGGCAAAGCUUGGGAAAGAAGCGCAAUUAUUGUUUGAGAAAUUGGAGCAUAGAUUCACACCAAAUUUACUAACAUAUACAGUUUUGCUCAAUGGAUGGUGUAGGGUAAAGAAUCUGAUGGAUGCGGGUAAAGUGUGGAAUGAGAUGAUUGAUAAGGGUUUUAAGCCUGAUAUUGUCGCCCAUAACACAAUGUUGGAAGGGCUGUUAAAGUGUAAAAAAAGGUCUGAUGCGAUCAAGCUGUUUGAGGUUAUGAAAGCAAAGGGUCCAUCGCCUAAUACAAGAAGUUAUACGAUCUUGAUCCGGGAUUUGUGUAAGCAGGGUAAGAUGGAUGAAGCAGUUGCCGGUUUUGAGGAAAUGCUUAGCUCUGGAUGUGAGGCAGAUGCUGCAACUUUUACCUGUUUGGUAACAGGCUUUGGAAAUAAAAAGAAGAUGGAUAAAGUCUUUGCAUUGCUGAGGGAGAUGAAGGAAAAAGGAUGCCCACCUGAUGCAAGACUGUAUAAUGCACUGAUCAAAUUAAUAAUAAAUCGACGAAUGCCAGAUGAUGCGGUUACUUUAUACAAAAAGAUGAUCCGAAAUGGAAUUCAACCUACUAUUCACACUUACAAUAUGUUGAUGAAAUCAUUCUUCAUGACAAAGAACUAUGACAUGGCUCAUGCAACUUGGGAGGAAAUGAGCCUGAGGGGUUGCUGUCCAGAUGAAAAUUCUUACACCGUCUUCAUUGGAGGGCUUAUAGGGCAAGGACGAUCUAUGGAGGCUUGUAAAUACUUGGAGGAAAUGAUAGACAAAGGCAUGAAAGCACCUCAACUUGACUACAACAAAUUUGCUGCUGAUUUUUCUCGGGGUGGUAGGCCUGAUAUACUGGAGGAGUUGGCUAAGAGGAUGAAAUUCUCUGGGAAGUUUGAGGUCUCAAGUCUCUUUGCUAGAUGGGCUGAAAUGAUGAAGAGUAGAGUAAAGCGUAGGGAUCCCAGCUGAUUAGCAAUGCAAAUAAAUUAUCUGUCCUGGCCGUGGAAUUUUAUGUUCUCGAUAAUGCAGAUGAGAGAAUCACUAACCAACCAGUAGCGUCUUUUGACAAUCAGUGACAACGGAAUGUCACUUUUUGAUCUCAGCAUAUCAUACAAGGUCUGAAUACGAAAAUUCAUUCUUAUUCCUGUUGUAAUCAUUUGUUCUUUUGGCAUUCAUUAGGCUUCUUGGUGAUUCAAAGCAUGUUUAUAUUCUUGUGCUGUAGUAUUUUCACUGUACUUACUGGAACAACAGAACACUGAAAUCAUAUCUAUCUUUUCCAGCUAUGAUUUGGCAAAAAAAAGACUCUAAGCUAUA